AUGAGGCUUCGAGGCAACAAAUUUAAUGUCGCCGAGAGCGCUAAUAUCGCCAAGACAUGCGGUCAAAGGACUGGCAAAUUAACGAAAUACGCCGAGAAGUUCAGCGACGCAAUUCUUACGCAAAAUGUGACGUCUUUUAUGAAUGACCUAUGCCUAACCCACGCGCACUCCCAACGGAUUAUGGAAGCCAUGCAUGGGAAUACGUUGCUGACGCGAACCGAGCGCAGAAUGAUCGGCCGCAGCUACAACUCGCAACUCGCAGUGAAAUUUACAACGGCUCGCUCCGGGUUGUCGGCAAUGAUUAUGGCCUGGCACUCCUUGAUCAAGGCCGAGGACCCGAAGUUUCUUGCCGCAUGUGAAGGGUUGGACCUGGACAAUAUUCCAAGAUAUCAAACCUACCUGGCCAUGAAACAGAAAGCCUAUGACGGUCCACCAGUCGAUUCCAGUACAUAUCCGAGGGAUCUGUUCCUCCUCUGCAUCGACCACAAAGUCAAGCUGGCAGCGGCUUCUGGAUUGUCAGCCACCCAACAAGAUGCUAUCAAAACUGCUUUCUAUAACUUGGACACCCCUGAGACGGAGACGCUUCGCUUCCAGGGGCCCACCUUCUAUUUUGGAAACGCUUCCGUGAUGGGUGUU